AUAUUUCGACGUACUUUGUCAUUGCGGGGGGAUCAAUUCCCCUGAUGUACGUCAUCAUGAACCUCUAGUUUCGCCCUCAAUUUCCAUGUUCCCCUUUGAUAACAAUCCAGGCCUCAUACUCAACAACCCAAUCUAACUCUCACAGCACCACCCUCAACUCUCGACCCAUUUUGAGGCGCUUUAACACCCUUAUGCCCCACCUGUGCAAACUCAUACCUUAGCGCAACACAUACGUUGUUCCAUUGACUUUGUCCAUCUCUUAACAAUUCCAAAGGAGGAUUCCCAACAUCUUAUCAGACUUUUUGUAGUUCGACACCGCUGGGAGAAGUACACCUCUUCACUAUGCUUCGAAUUAUGUGCCUUGCCGCCCUGGCCCUAGCGGUCACUGCUUGUCCGGUUGGGUGGCACCAAUCCGGUAGAUCUUGCUACAAGGUAUCACAGGUGUUCGCUACCUAUAACGAUGCGGUAAGAAGAUGUGCACAGUUUAGUUCCUGUGAGACCGGAUUCGGGGGACACCUGGUGUCCAUUACGACCGACUUUGAGAACCAACAGGUUCUGGACAUCCUGAACUACAACCAGAUGGCCCGGAAUGAGACCUGGCUCGGCCUAAGGACCUUCAACGGCCCAGUCUUCUGGGCCAGUGGCGAACCCCUCAAUCCACGCCUCACCAACCCAUGGCAUGCUGGUAAUCCCGUACGAGGACCCAAUAUGUGCACCGUAGCCUUCCAGAACAGAUGGGCAACAAGGAAUUGUAACAUGAGGAGACAGUUUAUCUGUGAGAUGGGCGGCGAAGCUCCCCCUCCCGCCUUUUUAGUCAACCAGGAAACACCAUAAAUUUACCGCGGGACAAAUUACGCGUUGACAUCAUCUUCUUCAUCAUUACACACCGGGCCCGUUUUCCUCGUAUCUGAUGGACUCUUUAAACCUUCACAAGACUUGAAUGGGAGCCAGUAAAAAAAAAAAUGUCUGUACUUUAUAAGAACGGUCAAAAAUUAUAUACUGUAUUGGGUUGAUAAACCGGCCAUUCCUUAACGCAAACAUGAUAUAAGUGAUUCUGUGCCAAUCUCUUCACUGAAAAAAAUAGUUUUUUACCUUUACGUACCUUUUCAAUCAAUAUUUUUUUUUUGUUAUGUCUUGUUUCCGUCCUUUUUUAUUACUCCCGACCUUUCGUUCGAGAACGCGAAUGCUUAUUUACAACGGUAGCUGAUUUUGGAAGAGACUUUUGGGCCCGUCGUCAUGGUAGUAAAACUCUGUCCUGCAAUGCAAAUUGUGUGACAUGAUAUUUUUUUUCGUUUCGCAUCUGGAACGGAAACAUUCAAUCUGCGUUCCGUGUGUAAAAUUCUGGUUGCUACUAUGGUAACAGCGAUAUAUCCGAUUUAGGACGACUUUCCAGAGCCACAUUCGAUUCUGCCCAGAGCUCGAGAGGCCGCCCAGGGUGCCCACUUCCAUUGAAGAGUGGAUACCAGGCGCGAUCACGCGUAAAAAGGGAAAGAGUGGGCAAGUACGUUACGUAUAGGCCUAUGUAACGUUAUAAGGGUGUCAAAAACGAUGUUUAAAAUACUGAAAAGGGGGAUAUAUUUCCAAUACUUGUAGGGUUUUACAAGCUAAAUACUUGUUAAGAGAUGCAUUUUCAUAAUCUGGAAAAGACUUGCUUCCCUUGUUUAGGGUGAUUUUCGAAACCCCAUGGUCGCACCUGGUAUCCACUUAUCAAUGGAAGUGGUCCCCCGGGAAUUUGAAUCUAAUCCCCAUUUCUGGGGAAAGUAAAACGUAAUGCCCAUUACAUUGUGUGCUAGAGGCAUAUCGUUUGUGUAGGAGUAAGCAAAAUGAAAAAAAACCGUAUGUUUAGGCCUAUUGCCUAUGCCGUGUUCAUAUCCAUAUCAACGCAUGCGAAAUGGUUUCGGCUGGAGAGGUGAUCUGACCCCUAGAAUCAAUUGCCAGUGAUCCACCAAUAAUCCACAUUAAAUGCAAUACCGAUUCGAUGGACUGUAAUGAUCUAUAUCUAAGCCUUAAUUCAGUAACUUUUCCCUCACUCAAUAUGUACUCGAUUUGUUUGAAAAAAACACUUUCUUAUCCAUGUCAUAAUCUAUUGAAGGUCCUGCAUUUCGAAUAUCUCCAGCCAUCAGUCGUAAUGUACAUGCAUGUAUGGUGCGGGUGUCGCGGAAAAGAAUUUUGCACACGAAAAGCAGAUCUGUAGGGCCUGUAACCCCCUGUAACACAAAGCUUAGCAUUGAUUGUAGAGCAGUUUUCUACGUUUGAUUCUAUUGACUAUAAUGUACAAUCAAGCUUAAAAAUCAAGUGUAUGAUUAAGCGUUAACUUUUGUGUUAGGGGACCCUAAUAUUAGCGUCCGUGAGGAUUGCGAAAGGUCCCAAAUUGAAGGAAACCACGCCUCAAGUAAUUGUAGACUUGAUUUUGGUAGCAUCUCGCCGCUAUUGUUAAAUACAGUUUUCUUUGACAUUUCUGGGAAAUAUGUAAAGUAUUUACGAUCAAAGCGAUUACAAUAUGUUCCUUUUAAAUCUAUAUUUGAUUGAGACAUUGUCUAAGAACGUUCAUUAGAAACGAAUGAUAAAAUACUGAUACAUUUUAAGUAAUUCACACUUCAUCAAAUGAAAAAAAAAAAAUUUUCGUUUGAAGCUGGGUUUUCGGAAUUAUUAUUUUGUUGGGUUCCUUAUUUCAGAAAAUACAUAUUUCACGAUAGACUGUUUAUAGAAAGACUGUAUAUUUGGUCGUUUUGAUAUAUGUUUUGAUCUGUUUUAUAUUAAUAAAAUGAUUUCGAUUUUACUUUCA